CCCUCCCCCCGAAGUUUGCUGGGUCCGCCGGCAGCCCCUCCCCUAGCGGCCGCGGCGAGCUCCCUCCCCGGCUCCUCCAUCCCCUAGCGGCGGGCCGGGGGCGGCUUCACCGUCGCGGGGCGGAUCCAGGGGGUGGGGUGGCGGCCGAGGUGGGGCCAGCCCACUCUCGUCGACGCGCGGGCGCCAGCUCCUAGCGUGGAGAGGAGGGAGGGUGGGGCAGCCGGAGGGUGGACGGCCGCCAGCGACAUCUGCCCCCCUCGAUUCCUCCCUCCCGGCGAGCAGGGUGCUUCCCUUUGGUCCUCGUCACGGGCGCCCCUGGAGCUCGCCACCGCCCCCUGCCUCCUCGCCACCCGCCCUAGAGCUCGCGGCCGCCGCUGGAGGGAGGAGCAGGGGCGGCGGCCGCCGAGGACGAGGCGGCGGUGGCCGAGGACGCGACGGCGUCCUACGCCCCUCCCUCUCCCUUCCAUCUCGCGCGCCCCUCCCUCUCGCGAGCAGGCGACGGCCGCGCGGUGGGGCGGAUGCGGCCGAUGGCGCGCGUCUCCUCCAUCCCCCUUCUUCCCCGGCAUGCGGCCUUCAUCCCCCAGCUCGCAGCGGUGGGCGUACGCACGGGCGGGCCGUGGAGGCGGCGCCCGACAAACGCGGAGCGGCGCGCGCGGGAGGGCGUCGCGGCACGGCGGAAGUGGGGCGGCAUGCGCGGAGGCGAAGGCUGAGAGGCGUGUGCGUCGAGGCUCCUCCCUCCUCCUGCGCGAGCCUCUCCCAUGGCGGCCUCGAGUACGCCUCCCUGGUGGCCUCGAGCGCGCCAGCCAUGGCGGCCUCGAGCUCCACCGCCGCCUCGACGAGAUCCACCCCGUCCAGCACGCCGGCCGCCUACGUCCCUCGCUAAUUCCUCCUCUCCGGCUGCAGGCCUCCCUCCUCGGAGCCGGCUCCCUCCCGGCGGCGGCGAUGGCAUCCGAACGGGCGCGCGACGCCGCAAUCGUCCUUGCGAGGGCUAUUGUGGUCAUUAAAAGUGUUAUCCCCAUCCAAACCUGAUACAUGCGAAACAUAAGAAAGGGAAUACCAUCACAUAUCCUUUUCCGUUAACCUACCG